CAGCUGACUGCUACCUAUUUGUUUGUCCUGAAUUUUUGGCAAAAAUACGUAAAAAGUUACUAAAUAUUUCGAAUAUGAAUGAGAUCGAUGAUAAAUUUUAUUAUGUCUACAGUUCCUCUUUGGACCAUAAAGUGGAAAUAAAAAUUGGUACAUUGGAAGGUAAACGGGCGAAACCUGAAUAUGACAAGCUGCUGUCGGACCCAAUGCUCAAGUUCUCUGGACUUUACCAAGAAGGAUGCUCAGAUUUAUAUGUGACCUGUCAAGUGCUCAGUGAUGGAGUACCCUUAGCUCUACCAGUCACUACAUCAUACAAAGCAUUCACCAAUAGAUGGAACUGGAAUGAAUGGUUGACCCUGCCAGUUUUCUUCAGUGAUCUGCCUAGAAAUGCGACACUGGCUAUGACUAUAUAUGACUGUGCUGGUCCAGGCAAGGUCAUGGUGGUCGGUGGUACAACUAUAUCGCUCUUUGGCAAACAUGGCAUGCUGAGACAGGGUAUGUUCGACUUGCGAGUGUGGCCGGGUGUCGAGGGCAGCGAGAAGACGCCGGGCAAGGCGCCUGACAGAGGCAAGGAACAAAUGCAGCGGUUGGCUAAGCUGGCUAAGAAACACAGGAACGGACACAUGCCUAAGGUGGACUGGCUCGACAGACUAACCUUCAGGGAGAUAGAAAUGAUCAAUGAAAAGGAGAAGCGCAGCUCCGACUACAUGUACCUCAUGGUGGAGUUCCCGACAGUGCAGAUCGAUGGCAUCAACCAUGCUGUUGUAUACUACGAGCAGGAUGGCGACGAGAUUUACCAGUUUAAGGCUCAAGCCGACAUAGUCACAGUGCCUGAUUAUGAAAUAUUACAGGAGAACCUAGUGGAGAGCAAGCAGCAUCGGCUGGCUCGCUCGCUCCGGUCGGGAGUGAGCGGGAGGGACGCGAAGCCGACGGCCAGCGAGCGCGAUCAGCUGGCCGCGCUCGUCGCCGCGCCCCCUGCCAUGCCUCUGGCCGCGCACGAACAGGACUUGCUGUGGAAGUUCCGAUUCUACUUGUCGUCGCAUAAGCGGGCUCUCACCAAGUUCCUGGAGUGCGUCAACUGGAAUCGACCCGGCGAGGUGCGGCAGGCGCUGGCGAUGAUGCAGCAGUGGACUCCCAUGGACGUGGAGGAUGCCCUAGAACUGCUCACGCCUAAGUUCACACACCCGGCUGUUAGGAAGUACGCGAUAUCUCGGUUGAAGCAAGCUCCGGAUGAUGACUUGCUCCUGUAUCUACUGCAGCUGGUGCAAGCGCUCAAAUACGAAGACUUCACGGAGAUACAUGAGGAAUACGCACGAGUUUGCGGCAAAGAAGCUCCGUCGUGGCCGGAAGACGCUCGCGGAUCUCGCGGCAGCCACGCCAGUCUACUGUCUGCUUCAGCCGUGCUGGCCACCAGCGAUAUGACCGGCUCGAUAUCAAGCCGUCGGUCAAUGGACGCGCGCGCCGACGAAUCCGUCGCCGCUACGGAAGAGAACACAACAGACUUACACGACAGCGACAAUGGAAACGAGUUCAGCACAUCCGAAGACAUCUCCGAACGUUUAUCCCUAGCUUCGUUCCUCAUAGAGCGCGCGUGCGGCAACAGCGUGGUAGGCAACUACUUAUACUGGUACUUGCUGGUGGAAUGCGAGGAUGCGCCCGCGCACGACGCCAGGCAUAUGUACCUGAGGGUCAUGAGGACGUAUUCCACGAGGUUGGCGCAAGGUAACGCAGAACUCCAACGCACCCGUUCGUUCCUCGCCCGCCAGCAGGUAUUCAUAGACAAACUAGUUAAACUAGUCAAAACAGUGACCAGAGAGAGCGGCAACCGGAACAAGAAAGCAGAACGUCUGCAACAAUUACUCGCCGAUCCGGACGCGUUCAAAUUCAACUUCACCAACUUCGAGCCUAUGCCAUUCCCACUAGAUCCGAGCGUUACCAUCAAAGGCAUAGUCGCUAAAAAAGCCAGCCUAUUCAAAUCAGCCUUGAUGCCUUCAAAGCUAACAUUCUUAACCACAGAAGGUGUAGAAUACGAGGCGAUAUUCAAACACGGUGAUGAUUUGCGACAAGACCAACUCAUACUGCAAAUGAUUACUCUGAUGGACAAACUGCUGCGAAGAGAGAACUUGGAUUUGAAACUGACCCCUUACAAAGUCCUAGCUACCAGUUCUAAACACGGUUUCCUGCAGUUCGUUGAGUCUGUGACCGUUGCUGAAGCUUUGGCUACCGAAGGCAGUAUACAGAACUUCUUCAGGAAGCAUAAUCCUUGCGAAGGCGCCCCCUACGGGAUAAAACCUGAAACUAUGGACACUUAUAUAAGAAGCUGCGCUGGGUACUGCGUGAUCACGUAUUUGCUUGGCGUUGGCGACCGCCACUUAGACAACCUCCUCCUGACUCGUUCCGGGGCCCUCUUCCACAUCGACUUCGGCUACAUCCUGGGCCGAGACCCCAAGCCCCUGCCCCCUCCCAUGAAGCUCAGCAAGGAGAUGGUCGAAGCCAUGGGUGGGGUCCAUUCUGAGCACUACCAUGAGUUCCGCAAGCAGUGCUAUACCGCCUUCCUGCACCUCAGGAGACACGCCAACUUGAUGCUGAACCUGUUCUCGCUGAUGGUAGACGCUUCAGUGCCUGACAUAGCGCUCGAGCCCGACAAGGCCGUCAAGAAAGUGCAAGACAAGCUCAGGUUAGACCUAGGUGACGAAGAAGCCGUCCACUACCUGCAGAACCUUCUGGACAUGUCAGUGACCGCGGUGAUGGCUGCCCUAGUGGAGCACUUCCAUAAGUUCGCGCAGUACUGGCGCAAAUAACGACCUUACGCCCUUGCGUUACAGUUGAAAGUUGUUUGAAUCAGAUCCUUUGUAAACAUUUCAUUCUCCAGACAUGCAACUCCUAACGGGGUGGUGAGCAUGAGUCAUAACUUAUGCUACUUCAUCUCUGCUAACUGCCUCGUUAUGAAUCUUUUGCGGGAUUUCAUCUAGUGCAGCUGGCGUCUUAUUUUAAUCAUUCUUAAAUUUGUUCAUA